AUGAACUUUGUAUCGGAAAAAGAGAUCGAAAAGCUAAAAGAAGAAGGAAGUAAGUCAUUUUUAUAUUGUACACCUGAUACCGACAAUCGUUUCUUUUUCGUUGAUUUAUAUUUGUUGUUUCAGAAGAGGAAGAAGAGUAUGAUCCUCGACCAUUGUUUGAACGAUUAAAAGCUGCUAAAGAGUUGAAACAAGAAGAAAUUGAUGCUGAAAAGGCUGAGGGUAUGUUUAACUUAAUAUUUUGUUUGCCUAAUUUAGUGAAAUUUGAUAAUUACGAAAUCGUCUUUCAGCCGCCAAAAUUGGAUUAGCCGAGGAUGAAGUCGAUUUCCUGCAGACUGUCGCCAAGUUAAAAUAUGAAAAAGAGAGCUCGAAGAAAAAGGUGGGACCUCCUCAUGGAUAAUAUAAUAACUCGUCUUAGGAAGAGCGAGAGCUAAUUGAACAGCAACGACGAGCCUAUGAGCAGGUUGAUAAACCCACUUCAUCGGUCGGGAACAUUACAGCACCUAAAGUCAAGGCGGGAGCGCUUUUGGCCAAUAAAAAAGAGAAACCUGCUCUGGGAAUUAUAAGAAAAAGGUAGGUUUUGUUGCAAUUAUUUGAUUUGAUGUUUAGGAAACGUUCCAAUGACGAGGAGGAGCAAACAGAAGAGAAAAAGAUAACUCCGAAACCAGUUGUCGGUGUGUUACAGCAAUGUGGAGGAUAUCCGACUAAUCUUAUAAAAGCCGGGACAUUGCCAGGUGUGGGAAUGUAUGGUUCAAGGUAAAUAUAGAUUUUCAAGGGUUUUAUCUUGGUUUGUAAAGCUAUUUUUAAGCUUGGGAUAUCCAUUAAUAUUCAUUUAAAGCAAUUUUUUAUUAAUUUAGGCAUAAGUUACCUAAUUUUAGUUCCGACAGUUCUGAUGAUGAGAUUGAUGCUUCGUCGACGUUGUCAGCGGUCACAACCGCAACUCCUUCAACCCCCAAAACUUGUAAAAAUGCCAGCAAUACGUCUUUAAACACUACUGCUUGA